AUGGCUGAGUUUGAGCUACGGCUCAACAUUUCACCUUGCCAAGGUCUUUUGCGAGUUCGUGAAUUUACAUUAGUGAAGAUUGAACAUUUUGUCGAUCCAGAGGACAAGAGUCACCCAAAAUUUGUUGAUGUUGCCAACAUGGAGUUUUUGAUGUUUCCUAGGAAGGAGCAAAUGACAGGGGAAACAACAAAACCUAUGAUCCUUGGUGAGGUAGUUUCAAAGAGAAUUGUCAAUAAUGAAACACUUGGCUACUUUAUAGGGAGGGUAUACCUCUUUUUGAUGGGGCUUGGAAUAGAUAAAGAUCGUUUACACUUCAGGCAGCAUUUGCCAAAUGAAAUGGCUCAUUAUGCUGCGGACUGUUGCGAUGCGGAGAUAGAGUGCUCCUAUGGUUGGAUCGAAUGUAUUGGCAUUGCUGACAGAUCUGCUUAUGAUCUACGGGCUCAUUCAGAGAAAAGUGGUGUUCCUUUGGUUGCUCAUGAGAAGUUCUCAGAACCCAGAGAGGUGGAGAAAUUACUUAUUGUGCCGUCAAAAAAAGAACUUGGUCAUGCAUUUAAGGGCAACCAAAAGAUGGUAGUUGACGCAUUAGAGGCCAUGAGUGAGAAGGAAGCAUGGGAAAUGAAAGAAGCGAUCGACGAGGAGUAUGUCCAUCCGUGA